GAAGAAGCUGUCUUUGUGGUGAGUGGUUUUGGUGCGCAUUCAGGUAGAAGUCACAGAAAUGACAACAGCCUGAGCUGAUGCUCUGUGUGAAGUGAUAACUACACAGUUUUCCUGAAAAAUCAUUAUAGAAUCAAACUCUAAAAUAAUACAAACUUUAUGACGCACAGAAACUGCAGUUUAAGAGUUUAUAACAGUUGUUCACAGAUACUCAGACUUUACAGAUGGCAACAUUUGAUCAGACAGUGUGAACAUUGCAGUGGAACUUGAAACAUGAAAUGUUUUUAUUGGUUCAUCUUUAGGUUAAAAAUGUUUUUAAAAAGAUUUGUCACUUAUUGAGGCCAUCACAGAGGAACCAGGGAGCAUUUUUCAGAACUCGAAGUGUUUUUCCACCUCUUCUCCGCCAUCUUUUGCCAAGUGAAAAUCACAUUUCUUCUGAUUGAAAUGUUCUUGCUAUGUUAAAUUCAUCAGGUGUAGUGGUUAGCAUCCUUGCCUCAUAGCCAGAAGAUCCUGAUUCAAAUCCCAGCUUUCUGUGUGGAGCUUGCAUGUUCUUAUUAUUCAUGAGUGGAUUUUCUCCGGCUUCCUCCCACAGUCCAAAAACAUGCUUCCUUGGUUAACUGAUGACUGCCCUCGAUGUGCAUGUGAGUGUGCGGCUCUGCAACAGUCUGGGGACCUGUUCAGGGUGUAACCUGUCUUCACCCAACAGCUGGGUGGGCUCCAACAACUCCAUGACCUUGAAAAGGGAUUAAGUGAGUUCUGAAGAUGGAUAAAAUUCAUCAGCGCUUUGGACUUUUCCUCUAAAACAUCUGUUUUUUCAGGGCAUACGGACCCAGGAAUUAUUAGUAUAUUUUAUGUUCUAUGACCUGACAGGACAGAGGGGUUUUUCUUCUUUUUUUUCUGAAACCAAAUUCUUACCUGCAAAAUAGUUGCAUUGGUAAUAAGUAUGAAAGUAAUAAGUACUAAACAACACAGCUUCUCAACUUAAUGUAAAAUAUUUCAAAGUAUUUUUCCCUCCCUUUGUUUAACUUCUCCUGAAAGUAGCCUAAAAACACAAUAUGCAUUACAAUUCUCAGACAGUACAGUAAAGAAUUGCUUAAAAACCAGAUUAAUUCUACAAUUUAUAACACUUGAAAUUAAGUUGCACAUUUUUGGUAAUGAACUGUAACUAUUAAUAUUAAAGGAAUACAGUCAAGUAAAAUCUUACUGAAGAUGUACACAUUACAAAAUGUUUAACAAUGUAUUUUAAAUUGCAACAUCACAAACUGGACAAUUAUUAUUGUUGUACUUAAUUUUCAACUGUAUUUUUAGUGUUAUUUAUAAUCUAUUUGCUAUUUUUUAUAUAGCUAUGGUAACAAGGUAAUUUCCCCUUAGUAGAAUAAAUAAAGUUCUAUCCUAUUCUAUUGCACUUUUCUAUUGUUACAACUGUAUCUAUUAGAAAAAUCAUUUGGAAAAGCAACCAUUUCAUUUAAAAGAAGGACGGAAGCUGAAGUUACUUUUUAGUAUCACGUUUUGCCAUGUUUUAUAGCUUUUAAAUUAAAUGUGAAUUAUUAAAUCCAUUUGGUUUGUAUUUGAGUUUCUUUCUGACAAUAAUGUUUGUACAGUAAAUAUAUCUACACGUGGGUCUCGUGUUGUUUUUAUCUCAAUCCCCAAAUAUGUCAAUCAAUCAAUGUCAGUCAGUUUCUCAAUCAAUCAAUCAAGCAAGCAAAAUAAAAAACGUGCUUGCGUUUUAAAUUGUAUAAACCUUCUUGUCAAGCUUCUUGCUCAGAUGAAACUUUUUGUGACACAUUUUCACCUCAACUUAUUUUUUAUUUGGUAAAACUUGAAUUUUCAGAUGUUAGGACACAUUUUCUGCAAAAACUACUGGAUGAAAUUUUGAAUAUCUGUUUUAAAAGUAAAAACAUUAAAGUUUGUGAACUUACCUAAAAAAAUCUAAUUGGACACAUUUUUCAUGACUGAAGGCGCUUUGUUUCUUCUUGACCUCUGACCUCCCAUCAGAUCCUCCAACAAUAAGAAAGAAGGAUCAAACAGGGUCUAUAUUUGCGUUUGUCAGCCAACCCCCCCGGGAAGGAAAGAGGAUCUCAGGUGGGAUUUCGUGCGUCCCCGUGCGGCUGCGCGUCUCCGCGCGUCAUGAUGACAGCAGCGCGCUCGCGCAGCCUCUGUCAGAGGAGGCAGCCAGAAGCGUACCGAGUUAUUGGAUGCGUGGUGUUGCUAUGGGCGUGGGUUGUGCCACGAGACCGCUUCCAGAUUCCCCAAACCUCCUGCAAAGGGAUGCAAUCUAAGAAGACAGCGGGCGGGUCGGCUGGAGGACGAGCUGCGCGAUCGUGAGGGCGCAGUGUGCCGCAUUAAUCUGAUAAGCGUAGCUCUGCGUGCGCGGGAAGGCGCACCGGAGAAGGGAACGUGUGUCAUAGAAACGGACGGUUUGGGGAAAUCAUGCUGAGCUCACACUUCAGGGAGAACUCCUCCGGUGGAUUUCGCGAGUCCUGAUCGAUGAGAAGUGUUCUCUGGGAUUGGCUGCAGCGCAGUGCGUCCUGACCGUGGACGAUUUUUCAAGAGGAGCUACGCGCUGCGCUGCAGUCAGGUGGGCCGGGGCGCGAGGCGGCAGCAGUGAUGACCAGCGCGAGCGCCCUCCGAGAUGAGCGCUUUGAUUGGACGAGCUCUGACCUAAACAAUCUGGGGGUGUUAGGCCAUACAUCCUGAGCUGGAGAACUGCGUCACUGCGAGUGUUGCAGGUAACUCUCCCCGCGCAAUGUCACCGGGAAGGGUUUGACUUUUCUCCAGAGAUGAAUACAGCGGAUAUCUGUAGCAAAGACCCGCCUCUGGGAUCCACGUUCUCCUCCGCUCCUAAUUUAGAGUCUGACAUCAACGCGAACGCCUGCAGGCCCGUGUAUGAGAACGGGAAAGACCACAAUGUCAACCUCCAGAGCGCAGCGCUGCGGGGGGCCAGCGACCCCAGCUCGUACCCCUCCACCGAGUACCAGGGGCUGGCCCGCCGCAGGUUCAUCCGCCGGAGUUUGUGGGUGUCGGAGCCAGACGAGCCCGCCGUGGACACCGCCGAGUUCAUCAGCAGCAGCCCGGCGCUCAGCAUCGACCUGCGCUCCAUCGUCGACAGGAGAAGCCGCACCCGCGCGCUGCACGGAACCUGCCUCCUCCUGGAGACCUCCCGCACCGGGAGCCCGGCGGAUCCGAAGGGGAGCGCGGAGACCGCGAGCGCAGAGGAAAGGAAAUCCGACCGCCAGAGCGAGUCCGAGCAGGAGGCGGCGCCCGCAGAUGUUACAGGUAAAGCUGGCAGCGACGAGAACGAAGAGGAGCCAGGGAUGAAGGCGGUGUCCACCUCACCCGGAGGGCGCUUCCUCAAGUUCGACAUCGAGCUGGGAAGAGGGUCUUUCAAGACGGUCUACAAAGGUCUGGACACCGACACCUGGGUGGAGGUAGCGUGGUGCGAGCUGCAGGAACGAAAGCUGUCCAAAGUUGAGAGGCAGAGAUUCAAGGAGGAGGCCGAAAUGCUGAAGGCUCUGCAACACCCCAACAUUGUUCGCUUUUAUGACUUCUGGGAAUCUCCUGUGAAAGGAAAGAAGUGCAUUGUUCUGGUGACGGAGUUAAUGACCUCAGGGACACUGAAAACGUAUCUGAAGCGGUUUAAGGUCAUGAAGCCCAAAGUUCUCAGGAGCUGGUGCCGGCAGAUUCUCAAAGGCCUCCACUUCCUCCACACCAGGACCCCUCCCAUCAUUCACCGAGACCUGAAGUGUGACAACAUCUUCAUCACUGGUCCUACGGGUUCUGUCAAAAUUGGAGACCUGGGCCUGGCGACACUGAAGAGGGCCUCUUUUGCCAAAAGUGUCAUUGGAACCCCAGAGUUCAUGGCCCCAGAGAUGUAUGAGGAGCACUACGACGAGUCUGUGGAUGUCUACGCCUUUGGGAUGUGCAUGUUAGAAAUGGCCACCUCAGAAUACCCCUACUCUGAGUGUCAAAACGCUGCUCAAAUCUACCGCAAAGUUACCAGCGGGGUGAAACCUGCCAGCUACAGUAAAGUCAGUGACCCAGAAAUUAAGGAAAUAAUUGGGGAGUGCAUCUGUCACAGGUGGGAGGAAAGAUACUCCAUCAAGGACCUCCUAAAUCAUGCCUACUUUGCAGAGGACACUGGUGUCAGAGUGGAGCUAAACGAAGAAGAUGAUGGAAAAAAAUCCACUAUUGCUCUAAAGCUGUGGGUGGAAGAUCCUAAAAAGCUGAAGGGGAAAUACAAAGAAACCGGAGCCAUUGAGUUUACCUUUGACUUGGUGAAUGAAGUGCCAGAAGUAGUUGCACAAGAAAUGAUUGAAUCGGGAUUUUUCCUUGAGUGUGACGUGAAGAUUGUUGGGAAGUCCAUCAAAGACAGAGUAGCUCUAAUCAAAUGGAGGAGGGCACGAACCGCUUCAACAAAUGGCAACAGCGAGGCAGCUGCAAAGAAGAAGAUUCAACCAAGUCUACUGCAGGUGCCCGGCACCAUCUUACCCCCGGGGGUCACGUCAACCAAUGCAGAGUAUGAGGACCAAGAGAGUUUGACCUGCACUGUGCCUGUCGUCGUAUCUGCCUCAUCUGAAAGCGGGAUGACCUCUACCAUGCAAUUGGAGGAUCCCAACAAUCAUCAGAAUGGGUCCUACCAGUCGCCUCCAGAACCUCUUUGUGGGGCUCAGAUGGUCUGCAGUCCUGCACAGACUGACCCUCUGCAACACCAGGGGCCCUACCAGCAGCUCACAGCACAGGCAACACAGGACAGCUACACGCAACCAUCAACCCAGUUGCACCCAGGAGCUUACCAGCAGACCAUGGGUCAGCUGCCUCCUGGUGCCUUUUUACAACCAUCAACACAACUUCAGCAGGGGCCUUAUCAGUGUCAGUCACGUCACUAUAGCACCCCCUUUAUAAGCUACGAGAACCUCCUCAUCACAAAGUGUCAUAGGCGUGGCAGCACCUCCUUGGUUGAGACGUUACAGUGUAGGACGUGUUCCCUCACUAAGACAGUAAAUCAGACUCCUUGCCUCCGCCCUUUACAGGAUCUCACUUCUUCAGGCAGCACAGAGAGUAGAGGGCAUGCGACAAAUUACCUAAACUCCAAUGAUGCCCAAAAUCCUUCAUUAUCUCCUUUCGUCCCCCUGCAUCAACAAUCCCCUGAUGACUCAGCAAGUCAUUCUGAUUCACUCCACCCUCCCCUGAAUUUUCAAUCGCCCUCAAUGCAGCGUCUGCAUGUCCAGCACAGUCCACAGCCCCACCGCCACCACUGCAAAGCUUGCAUGUCUCUCCUUCUCAAGGACAGGAGAAAGGGAGGAGGGUCACUGGGACACACUUUCCCCACUUCCACCCAAAUUUCUCCAAGCUCUCCGACAUCGCCUCGUCUUUCAAGGUCUCCUUCUGCCAAUCUAACGCCCCUUUUACUCUCACAUUCUGCCCAAAAACCAGGCAGUCAGGCCACUGCGGUGACUUCACCUCCACGUCUUUCGCCCCCCUCCCAAGUUGCCUUUCCUCCAAAUCUGUUUGAAGACGGAGAUCUCGGCCUCCUCAACUACUGCCUCCGUCACAUUGUCAGUCGCAGAACCAGUUCUCCUACCCUCUCUGACAGAGGGAGUCUUAAUCCUCAAAUGCACAGUCAUGGAGGGAGAACUAAAUGCUCAGUGGCUGAGCAUACUGAUGAGGGCCUGAGCCUGGAAACUCCCUUCAGCUGCACCCCAAAUCUGAACAGGAAGCUCCUGUUAUCUCCUCUUUACAGCCAAGACAGGCCAGAUCCACUGAUGGUUUCAGCCCCAGCCCCUCCCGCUCACCAGAGCAGACCGACAGCACAGAGCUUCCCAGCUGCCGCGCCCGCUACGCAGAUGCAGCUCGCCGUCCAGCCCGGCCAGGAGCAGUCCCAUCUCCAGCCAGCUCCUGCUUCAUCACAGCUGUUAUCUGCUGAGGAGCCAGUAUCAACUCUGAGUCCUCCUGAUACAUCCACCAGUUUUCCACAGUCUGUCUCCAGUGGUCCUCGCCCACUCCUGCCUCUGCAGAUCAACACACAGUUUACUUCACCAUAUCCUCUUUUUCAAACUGAGGCUCACAUGGCCUCUCCCUUCUCCCCAGCCUCUUUGCCAUCUGCCUAUAGAACCACCAACCAUCCUGUGUGUAGCUCCUACUACACACCUUCACACCAACUUCCAUCCCUUCCCCUGACCCCUUACGCUGCCCUCCCAUCUGUGCCUUCUUCUCUUGGCACUCCUCAGACUCCUCUGUCUACUCCACAAUACAUGGCAUUCCCUGGUCCACUUCAUGCCAUGGCCAGGUCCUCUGCUGUGCCUCAUCAGCAGCGUGACCUUCCUACACCUCAACAAAACCUCGGUAGCUUCUAUACCCCCCAUUCCACCUUACCUCUCUCUCAGGUGCAAACCACCCCAUUCCCUGCCCCCAUCCCUGAGCAGGAACUGGCUGACCAGCCUGUCCAGGUUCCUGCCUCGCAGGGGACUCUUAGAGAUGAUCAGCUUUCAGCUACAGUGGGCCCAGUCUUGCCUGCUGGUCAGUCUCCGGUCAGGGGAGGUGCAGAUGAAGAAACGCUGUCCAUCAACCUGUCUGUAGCUCCGGCCUCAUUUUCCUCCGCAGUCCCUGCACCAGCUACAGUCUCGGCUUCAGCUGCAGCCCAGGUGGGACAUCAGGCUCCAUCACAACCUCCAACUCUGACACAAGCACAAAACCAACCCCUGAGUCCAGUGUCAGCUCAAGCUGCCACCUGCUCUCAAACUCCAACUUCGACGGCAGUACAAGCUUCGGCAACAGCUCAGGCACGAGUGUCUGAACCCAGUCUUACUAUUGAAUUAACAAUGGUUUCCUCCACAAACUCAGACGCACCAUCCACCAGUGGUAAACCUCAAAUCCCCGCCCCACCUGCAGUCCCCACCCCUGCCACUCACCCGGUGUCAGUCCAGUCUGCAGCUCCCGUUACAGCUUCAGUCGCACCCAAACCGCAGCCUGCUGGCAUCCAGACAGCAAUGUCAGCUCCUCAGUCUGCCUCCUUGGCUAACACUCAGCAAAACACAGAGCCAGCUGCUUCAGCCACCUUUCAACAAGACUCUUGUGUCGAGGAUCUACCUCGUGACAAAUCUGUAUCACUGUCCAGUUAUACCUAUGACAGUGUCAACUCUGAUGUGGCUUCUGGGAAGGAAACAAGUGAUGGGUAUGAAAGCUUGGCAGGCGGGAACAAGGGGGAUGGAAAGCCAAGAAAACACCAUCGCAAGUCUGCACGCACACGUUCAAGGCAGGAAAAGACCAGCAAGCCCAAACUGAGCAUGCUCAAUGUCUGCAACACAGGCGACAAAAUGGUGGAAUGCCAGCUGGAGACUCACAAUCACAAAAUGGUGACGUUUAAAUUCGAUCUGGAUGGAGAUGCUCCUGAGGAAAUUGCAACUUACAUGGUAGAAAAUGGCUUCAUCCUGUUGUUAGAGAAGGAGCUUUUUAUUGAUCAGCUAAAGGACAUCGUGGACAAAGCUGAAGACGUGCUGAAUGAAGACACUGAGGGGGAAAAAGCCACAGCUUUGAGUUGUAGCCCUCUCCAAAGCCAAAUGUCUGAGGGACUCGCCGGCGAGAAUUAUCAGCCUGGAGCACCUCAGCCGGUUUAUCAGCAAAAUGGAAAGAGGUGGUUUAUAAUUUGUCCAGUGGAGGAGACACCCACGCCCAAUUUGGACACACCUUCUGAUGGGACAGCGACACAGUCACCUGGGAGCUCUGCCACCACCCAGCCUGGUGACAGCGUCACUGCAAAGCCCUCCACCUCCAGAGAGGACGGAUCUUCGUCCACCAUGUCUGGGGGAAGUGGAGGAUGUUCCUUUGAUAUUUAUGCUUUCUGUAGUCCCCCAAUAACAUCCAACAUGGACCCACUUCUCCUAGCCACUCUGUCUCCUCCCGUGUCUGCACCCCCAACCCUCCUGUCAAUGUCGGCAGUGGACUCUGCAGGGAGCUCAGGACAUCCCAGCUUCCAUCAAGCCCAGCCGUCCAGAGCUCAAACGUUACCUCCAUCCCCCCCAAAUACAUCCCUACCUGGAGAGCAUUCCCAGAGAUCCCCUCCGGACUCCAUCUCGCCUGUUCGUGCGCCUCAGCACAUGCCAGAUUUGACACUUCCCGUUUCCCUGGCUGACGAGGUGCCCUGCUGCCCGCUCGUCAUGCCCCUGUCUUUGGAUGUAGGUUCUUCACAGGCAGGUUCUCCUGUCACUCCUCUUCCUUUGCAGGAGCCGAGCUCAGCCAAAGAACCAGCUCCCGUCUGCUAUACUCCAGUGGCCCGCGGCGAGCGGGUCGUCCUUCAUCAGCCUUUUUCUGCUGUGGGGGGGGCAAAAGUGUCAUCACUGCCUCAGAGCCCCGCGCCGUCCCAACACGGCGCAGGGCCCAGCGAGUCGGACAACGAAGGGAGGCUUGGCCGCGGGGGCUUUGUGGACAGCACCAUCAAAACUCUGGAUGAAAAACUGAGGAAUCUGCUCUACCAGGAAUACGCCCCCAUGUAUCCUUCCGGAAGUGCCGCAGAGACUCCGGGGUCUGGGACAGAGUACAUCCAGUCUCCUCCUGGUCCGGACAGCGCUGCCGGAGGGUCCGGAAACAGCACCCCCGGGCCCAUAGGGGAGGGGCGCUACAGGGCGGGAGAACAGCUGCCUCAAAUUCCAGAGAGAAUGGAUAGUUUGAGCACACUUAGCGACUCAGCUGUGUGUGCUUCUCUGUCAAGAAGAUACUUUCCUCACUCUGCUUCGUGUUCUGGAGCAAGAGAUCGAUUUAAGAUGAUCUCUGUUCCUCCGGAAGUCGCCAACAAACGAGACGUGAAGCAAAGGAGCUGGAGCAGUGUCGCCUCACCCGCUCACCCCCUUGGUUACAGCAGGGAGCACUUCCAGGCAGAGGCCAUGGCCACGCACACCACCAUCGGCCGCUUCUCUGUGGUGAGCACAGAAGAUGAUGUCACACAGAGGACACGUUGCAGCCGCUAUUCUGCCCCUCCUGACUUUUACCUGGACACGCCACCCUCCUUGACCAAGGGGGAAUUCCUUCCUCGUGCUGUGACAUCAAACUCGGUUCCUGUGGAUGUCACUGUCCACGCUCGCUUCCUGUCCUCGGACUCGGGGGCAGAGAGCAGCCCCGCCAAGCUGGCUCCUUCUACGCAGUCUCAGCAGCCUCGUUCUGAGCGCAGAGGAAGCGACUUGAUGAGGAGGGCCAUGGCCUUCCUCCGCCGCACCGGUCGCAGCAGCAGCGUGCAGAGUUCCGACUCACCCAGCAGGCAUGGAGGCAUCCCAGGCUCGGCCUAUGCCAGCAGCGAUAAUGACUCAGAGAUGGAGGAUUCUGACAUCAAGAGGGAAUUACAGAGACUAAGGGAAAAACACCUGAGAGAGAUCUCAGAGCUGCAGGCACAUCAGAGAGGGGAAGUGGAGCUGCUGUAUCGCAGACUUGGCAAAGCUCCUCCUUCGGGUCUUGGUCUCUCACAUGUGGCACCGCCUGCAAACCGUAGAAAGAGGUCCAGCAGGCACAGACUAAAGCCUGGAAAACUUCUCAGCCCUCUAGUUCAACAGUUUCGCAAUGUCACAACAAAAACCAGCGACUCCAGCAAGUCCAGUGUGGUUCCAGCUGCAGGUGAGCCCACGGUGACUUCGAACGGCUCUCCGGCCAAAACAGCUUUCUUCAGUCAAAGCAGGCCGCGGUCAUGCACCAGCCACCUCCCCAGCUCGAGCUCGGAGCCCGUGCAGACCCAACAGCCCUGUUCCCUCAAAGGCUCGCUGUCCUCUGACAAUAUUUACGCUGGACAGCAUGGAGAUGGCACGGGCACACAACAUCCAGCUGGACAAGGAUGGUCUAAUUAUCCUCAACCAUCAGAGAGAACGACCUAUAAAUCCAGUAGCAAGCCACGCGCUAGAUUUCUCAGGUCGACACUGAAGCGCCUGUGUCUUGGGAAAGAGCGAGGCAGCAGAUAUGGAGCUUCAGCAUCAGGAGCUUUUAAUCAACCACAACAAACGACCAGUGGUGUCACUCCUCCUCCCCAUCAGCCUGUGAUGGGCCUCGCCCAGGCUCAGGCCAACAACAGCAACAACAAAACAGGGACAUACGGAGGCACAACCACAAGUUCCAAAGAACACAACCUGCCUGAAGACUUGCAACGGCUGAUGGACGACUGGGCCAAGGAGGUUCUGAUUGUUACUCACCGGCCACGUACCAGCUCUCUGAGUGUUGGUGGACCGCAAUUCAGGGACCCUGUUGUGCCUCAAGCCCUUCAUCAGCCUGCUGGUACUUUGGAUAUGUCACCAUGGACCUCUCUGCAAGCAGGAACCUACAGUGUGCCACAGCCAUGGUCCGACAGCCCAGGGUCUGCAGUGAUGACCAUCCCCUCCCCAGGACCGCACCACAUUUUUCAUCCACAGUCUCCUGCUCCAUUCAUGGCCUCUCCUUUGUCUUUCAACCAGUGGUCUGGCUUCAACUUUCCUAAUCCUUCCGAGGUCUUUACCUUUCCUGCAAUGCCCUUAGGUCACGAUGCCUGCUGCCCUAAUCCAGCUUCCCUGCAGUCUCUAACUGACCCCAAGGCGAGGACUCUCUAGUCUGAACAGUGCCGUGUCUUCCACUCUGUUUCCAAAAAUGUACUUAAAGCUUUGGUCAGAACCAUGUGGAUAUAGUGUAUAUAUGUAGCCAGCAUGUAAGUUACCAUGUGUACAUAAUUCAUACAUAUUGCAUUAUUAAUAUGAUCAUUUUCAUCAUUUUUUUGAUUUUAGUCAACAUACCUCAUCCUCAUAAUAUAGGAAAUACUCUGGUGAAAUCUAAUGCUAUUAACAGUUAUAGUUAGCUCAUUCAGACUUGAAAAUCUACAGUUCUGUUCUUUGGGCUUAUACAUUACCAGUUAAUGAAUGUACAUAGUGUAUCAUUGAUUACUAUGUUUAGUUUGUUCCUCUUUUCCUUCACUGAUAAUGCCCUUUGUACAUAGAAAUGGAUAUUAGUUUGUAAAUAGCCUUGUGUAUUUGUAACACUAGUUAAUUCAUAGACCGGUGCUGCAGCUAUGUGUCUUAAAGCAACACCUUAUGAAUCAUGCCAUCACUGUGAAGACUUGACCUCAUGGUCAUUAGGACCCGUUGCGUUCGUCUGCUCUCUCAUGUCAAUCAAGGAUAGGUUUGGUUCUUCUCUGAUGAAAUGCUUCCAGCACAAAUGCUUGAAUUAUCUUUUGAGGAAUUUGAAUGAACUUGAAUUUUAUCUUCCGGUGCAAAAAUGCCUUUGUGAGUGCCUUGAUCUGCAAUUUUGGUUAUUUGAAGAAAAGCAUUUAGACCUAAAGCAGACACUGGAUGUUCUACAUACGGAGCGAUGAGUCCACAAUAAGGACCAUUGUUUCAUGCAAAAACAAAACAUGAUUUAAACCUAAUACUAAAAAACUAAAUCAAAGAUUGUAAAGGACCUCAUGCGCUUGGUCUAAGGUUUUUCCUUUGCUCACUAAAGUCAUUGGGAGUUGCACUGCCACCUGCAUCACAGCCUGCAUAACACAACACGAAUAAUCUGAAUGUUCACAGGUGGAUGUGAUUUUCAUGUAAGGACUAAAGACCCACAACACCAAUCGAAAUUCUAAAACUCUCACACGAGUAAUCUGUAGCUUUAUUUAUGGUUGCCUUUAUGUGAUUUUGAGAGAUUGUUGGAUGGCUGACUGUGAAGGUUGUGGAGUAAUUUAAAGCUGUAAAUAACAUCAUUGUACUUUCUUUAAGUAUGCUAUACACUUUUAAAUCAGGAAUAUUUAUUUCUUAUCACAAGAAUCUGGCCCUUGAACAGUUUGCAUUCCCCAUCAAGAAUUUGAUAUCUCAAUAUAUUUAGAGAAGCAACAAUUUUUAAUUGUUUUAAAUUUGGCAGUUUGGUAAUUUAGUUUUAGAAGCUAAAACAAUUAGAAACAUGUUUCAAAUUGUUUCACCAUGAAAAGAAAAAUAAGCCAUAAUAUCCACAUUUUGAAUUUAUGUUCUAAGGUAGACCAGCUUAACUGACCAUUAGGUUUUAGAAUUGAUAAAGUUUGUUAUCAAGCUACAAAAUAACCUUUUUUUUUAAAUAGGUCAAAUUGAAAUAACAAUGUUCCAUGAGUGCAGUGAGAAAAUGUUCUUUUGUUAUUGUGAUAUGGAUAGAGUUUAUUUUAGGAUAAAGGAUUUUUAGUUUGCACAUCUCCUAUGCAGUUAUUUUUUAGCGUUACAGCACAGCUUUUGUCUUAAUCUCUUUUGCAUUUGCAAUAAAAGCUAAAUGUAUUAUUGUUUUGGCCUGCUGCAUCAUCUGUUCUAUGGGCCCUCGCCUGACCUUUAAAAGAUCAGAUAAAGCUGUACAUACCUGAAGAUAUAAAAAUAAAUUUUUGCUUGACAACAAAAAUAUGGCUGUGCUGGUUUUUCUUGAGAUUUUUACACUUCUGCUGUUUUUGUUUGAGGGAAAGUUGUGGGUGCCAAAGUUCUGGUACAUUAUUCAAGUUACACAAUCAAUGUCAUGUCAACAGUUCGGCACAGAGAGAGCUGAUUUACGGGAAAGUGUUCAGUUUGUUUGUGGACUUUAUUUUAAUACUUCUUAGGAGCAUAAUCGGUUUAAAAGAUAAUCUCUACAGAACCUAUUUCCCUCAAUUGUGACACUUAAUUCGUCACUAUGCAGAGGAAUGCAUUUUCCCAAAUCUGGUUUUAGCUGCAGACAUUUUUGUGUGUGAAGGGGUGGGUAAUGCGGGGGUGGGAUGUUUAAAGAGAGAGAGAGGUUUGACUUUGGUCCUCGAAGAUACUGGUCAGGUGUUUAAAGUCCAGCUGCAGCUGCCUGGGUCUCACUAGGCUCUGAAGCAUCAUGGGGAGAGCGGUGGUGGGACUCACCGUCUUUGGGCUGCUGCUGGCUUCUGCUGUCACACAACCGAACCAGGUAUGACCAGGCUUUAGAUAGGAUACAUAGAAACAUACAUGUUUUAUAAUGAUCUGUUAAAAAAUUAGAUUUCUCGAUGGUUAACUCUGUGUUUGAAAUGAAAAAUACAAAGGCAAAAA